GCCGAGGACGUUAGUCCAGAAAUUAUACUUCGGGCCCAAUGGAGUCCCUGCAAUCAGCUGUGCAUCAUAUCUUGUUAUGAUAAACAAGUAAUGAACGGCGAAAAACAUAGUUAAACAAUGGAAGGAAUGCUAUAUAAGUGGACCAAUUACAUAAGUGGAUGGCAGCCUCGCUGGUUUGUGCUUGAUGGAGGAACUUUGUCCUACUAUGACUCUCAAGAAGACGCCUGGAAAGGUUGCAAGGGCAGCAUUAAAAUUUCUGUUUGUGAAAUCCAAGUUCAUUCCUCUGACUCUACACGAGUUGACUUGACCGUACCUGGAGAACAGUACUUUUACCUCAGAGCCAAUGCAGCAGAGAGGCAGAAAUGGCUGGUGGCACUGGGAACAGCCAAGGCUUGCCUUACAGACAACCGAACAAGAGAGAAAAAGGUAAUUUAAUACCUCUGGGUUACAAGAAACACAGAGGCCCUGAAAACUAAGAUGUCAGAACUUAGAUUAUACUGUGACCUUCUCCUCCAACAAGUAAACAAGAUCAAGGAGAACGUGAGGCUAGGAGACACAGUGGAGACUGGCAUAGACACCGGAAAUAUGGUGAAGUCUACAUGCACCACUUUUCUGAAGACUUUAGAGGAAUGCAUGCAGAUAGCGAAUCGUACUUUUACUACAGAUAGCACACAGAGUCCACCGGGCUCUCCUCCAGUAGCAGCCAUCAAACCACACAAGAUUAAACCUGUCAACCAUUUAAAUCAGAACUUUGGAGAAAAAUGGAGAGAUUUACCUGAAACCCCAGGAGAAUCAGUUGUACAUGACAACCAGAGCCUCGACUCCGGACCAGAGGGACCAGAUGAACCAGAUACAGCAGAAAACUAUCCCGCCCCUUCAGAUAAAGAUGCAGCCAAUGGCAACAGCUCAGUUCACAAGGAUGAAGUGGAUCCUACUCUACACACUACGCAAAAUACCUCCGACUCUGAACACUAUGAAGAACCAGCAGGAGCAGAGGAGGACAAUGAAGCUGAUGAUCACGAGGAGGAAAAGCAACAGCAGAAGCACAACGAGGACCAAAGCCAUGAGCAAGACAACAACAAUAAGGAAGUAAACCCUGUCCAGCCUCAGCACCAACAGGAAGUUGUUCCAGACCAAGACGAGGCUCAGAAUGAAGGAGUCACUAAAGCAGAGUUAGAAGACACAGAGCAUGUGGACACAUUCUUCAGCACAAUGAGUCACAGAUUUAGUGAUAUAAGACUGGACGACGACAAUGGUAUCCCUACACAAGAGUUUUUGGACUCAUGCUAUGCAAUAGUGCCUGUAUUAGACAAACUGGGGUCCACAGUAUUUGCACCAGUUAAAAUGGACUUUGUCGGAAAUAUCAAGAAAAUUCACCAGAAGCUAACGUCAGACCCCAACAACUUCCCAACGCUUCAGUCCAUUGUGCUUCAUGAAGUCCAGACAGAUGUUGCACAGGUUCGCAACUCAGCCACAGAGGCUCUGCUGCUCAGACGAGGCCUCAAGUUUCUCAAGGAGUUUUUAUCAGAGAUCAACGGAGGAACAGACAUCCAGGGAGCACUAAAUAAUGCCUAUGGGAAGACACUCCGGCAGUACCAUGGAUGGGUGGUGCGAGGAGUAUUUGCUUUGGCCCUGAGAGCUGCUCCAUCAUAUCAAAGUUUCACUGCUGCCUUAGUGUCCACAGAAGGCGAUGAGUUGAAGAGCGGCUUCAUCAGCGGUAUGCACAGAGACCUGGGCAUGUACUUACCUGCCAUGGAGAAGCAGUUGACCAUCCUCGAUGAUCUGUAUGAAGAAUACAACCUGGAGUCUGACGAGGUGGUGUGAAUGAAAUCAUAAUUGUUAUUCAAGGAAGCCGAUAACCUCACUGAACGGGCAGAGAAGUGGCUCAGUGCUGAGGCCAGAUGCCAGGAGUUGAGUACAUCUAGUGUACAAAAUAGUGUGAGCAUGUCCACUGUCAGUGUGUGGUUUUUUUAAAAGAUUCUUGAACUCUACAGGAGUAGAGAUUUAAGUUGUGAAGGAGGUAUGAAUGUUUGCAUUUAGUAGCACACAGGAGGCAAACCAGGCAUUACUGAUUAUGAUUCAACAAGGUGUAGUUUCAGGUCUUGUUGAAAACACCAUUGACAGUGUUGAGGUAUUAAGUCCUGUACUUCUACAGAAUGUAUCGCAGUGACUCCAUGGGGAUAUGUAUUUCUGGUGCACAUUUUGGCACUGAAUUGUGGCUUUGUGUACUAUAUAUAUAAGUACAUACCUCGGGGUAUUUAGCUCUAUUAACGUCCCUCUGAAGUAAUUAAUGAUCUCUCUUACACUUAUUAGAAUGACUUUUUUUUAUCAAUCUUGCCCUGUUUUCUUUGAUUAAUGAGACAGGGUUAUAUCUUUAACUGAUACAAAGCACUAUUUUGACAAACAGUCACAAAACAAAACAAAGUAUGGGCUGCCUUUUGGUGUCUCCCUUGAAUUCAUUAUUUUGCACUAACUAUAGACGAUUAGUGGACUUUACGAUAAGUUUUGAUUUAUUUCCUGUCCCUGGAAUUUAAGUCUGAAUUCUGCAGUUUGACAAUGUGAUGUUCUGCUUUACAUCAGUGGCAUGUUGUGCAGACUCAUCAUGGGACCAAAAAGGAGCUGUCUAUGAAUGACCUUUAGCCUUUGCUGCCUACAGUACCACAACACAAGAAUUAAAUAGUACAGCGUAGCCGUUGAAGUUCUGACAACUGCUGAAUAUUUAUAUGGACAUUCUCUGCACAAACCUAUGCAUAGUAUGCACCUCAAUGUCUAUUUAUUAUGUUUUAAGUUAUUAGUUCACAUUCAUGUCAUUGGGAUCAUUCAGUCUGGCUUUUGUAUGAAUGUAUGAGCAUUCAUAUCCAUAUAGCAUGUUAACUGAUUGCAUGAUUUUAUGUAAAAAUAAGAAAGGUGCCAAUGAAAGUGAAUAUGGGCCAAGGCCUUGAAUUAAUUAUCUUAAUUAAUAAAGCUAAGGGUAUAGACUGUGAACCUUAUAAUACAUAGCUUCUUUCUCAUCUCUGAGCUUUAUAAUGAACAUUAACUUUCAGCAAAUAUAAAUGUCUGCUUAACAGAUGCCAUCAUCUCAUUUUAGCAUUGUUCUGCAUAUACUAGAGUGUUUUUACCAGCCGUGCAUAAUAUUUUAUGAUGUCAACAACAAUUACAAAAUGAAUAGGAGGCCUCUAAAGGCUGAUUGGAAGUUUGAGCCAUUUGAACAACGCAGGAACAUUCUCAUAGGGCUUUUUACUAAAAUAUACAGUACCACAUAGUAUUUUAACUUUAUUCUUUUUU